CACCUAUUUCACCAUAGUUAGAACUCAAUUUCUUUGAUAUAUAUACAUAUAUUUGUAAUGAAAGUGUUAAGCAAUAUCCAUGGCAACAAAAUCUUCUCACAUCCAUCUAAUACUUCUAACUGCUCUCUGUAUCUUUUUGGUUUCUUCCAUGAAAAAGAACAAUAUCAUAAACUAUAACCUCUCCAACUUUUUAUCGUCUCUUCAUCUACCUUUUGCUUCGUUUAAUCAAACCCAGCAAUCUUUUCCUUCACCAAAUCCAAGUCUACCUCUUAACAACGCUAAGAAUAAGAAGGGAAGUUUGGAGAAUCUUGAAAAUGGUUUGGCUAGAGCAAGAGCAGCAAUUCGUCAAGCUGUUGAAAAGCGAAACUACUCGUCGUUUAGGGAGGAGAAUUACAUUCCAAGAGGAGUCGUUUACAGAAACUCUUACGCUUUUCAUCAGUUAAGUGCUUUUCAUCAGAGUCAUAUAGAGAUGGAGAAGAGAUUCAAGAUAUGGGUUUACAAGGAAGGGGAGCCACCAAUAUUUCACGGAGGACCAGCAGUCGAUAUCUAUGGCAUUGAAGGGCAAUUCAUUCAUGAGAUGGAGAUUGGUAACAACCACUUCAUUGCUCGCCAUCCUGACGAGGCACACAUGUUUUUAAUCCCCAUUAGCAUCUCCAAUAUCAUCUCCUUCGUGUACAGGCCUCUUGUCACCUUCUCCCGUGACGAGCUACAACGGGUGGCCGUCGAUUAUAUUAGCGUUGUAGCUGACAAAUACCCUUAUUGGAAUAGAAGCAAUGGAGGCGACCAUUUCUUCGUCUCUUGCCAUGAUUGGGCACCAGAAAUCUCAAUAAAAAAUCCUGAACUGUUCAAGAACUUCAUUAGAGUACUAUGUAAUGCCAACAAUUCUGAAAGUUUUCGACCUCAAAGAGAUGUCUCUCUACCAGAAAUCAAAAUACCAAGAGGCAAGCUUGGCCCUCCUCUUGUAGGCCUUCCUCCAAGUAACCGUACAAUUCUGGCAUUCUUCGCUGGUGGCUGCCAUGGCUACAUCAGAAAGGUUAUGUUAGAGUAUUGGAAAGAAAAGGACAAUGAGGUUCAAGUUCAUGAGUAUCUUGAUGGGAAGAAAAAUGAUUACUUUAAACUGAUGGGUUCAAGUAAGUUUUGUCUAUGUCCAAGUGGGUAUGAAGUAGCAAGUCCUAGAGUGGUAGCAGCAAUUCAACUUGGAUGUGUUCCUGUUAUUAUUUCUGAAAACUAUUCACUACCAUUUAGCGAUGUUCUUGACUGGAGCAAAUUUUCCGUGCAUAUUCCGGCCAAAAGGAUACCGGAAAUUAAAAUAAUUUUGAAAGAAAUAUCGGAAAGAAGAUAUCUAAUGUUGCAAGAAAGAGUUAUGCAAGUUAGGAGGCAUUUUAUGCUCAACAAGCCAAUGAAGCCAUAUGAUAUGAUGCAUAUGCUUCUCCACUCAAUAUGGUUAAGGCGACUUAAUUUGAGACUUUCAAAUUAAUUGUUGAUUACUUAGACUCUAUUUGAACUUUGAAUUAAAAUUCAUUUUUUUAAUA